AAUUUUCAGAUCUGAAACAAAUCUGAACCGUCCAUUAACAUCAAUCAAACCUAUUUAUACACCUCAAAUCCACCCAAUUCUCUGUGCCACUCUUCUUCUUCCCUAACAAACCCUCGAAGAAAGAAGAGUAAAACCCUCUAAGAUCUCAUCUCUAAGCCCUACAUUUUCCCCAUUUUCUCUCACCAUGGCUCUCCUUGUUGAGAAGACAACCUCUGGGCGUGAGUACAAGGUCAAGGACAUGUCUCAGGCUGACUUCGGCAGGCUCGAAAUCGAGCUUGCCGAAGUCGAAAUGCCUGGUCUUAUGGCUUGUCGUACUGAAUUUGGACCUUCACAGCCUUUUAAAGGUGCUAAGAUUACUGGAUCUCUGCACAUGACCAUUCAAACCGCUGUGCUUAUUGAGACUCUUACUGCUCUUGGUGCUGAAGUUAGAUGGUGUUCUUGUAACAUCUUCUCCACCCAAGAUCACGCCGCGGCUGCCAUAGCCAGGGAUAGCGCAGCGGUGUUUGCUUGGAAGGGUGAGACUCUGCAGGAGUAUUGGUGGUGUACGGAGAGGGCACUUGAUUGGGGUCCAGGUGGUGGACCUGAUUUGAUUGUUGAUGAUGGUGGUGAUGCUACGCUGUUGAUUCACGAGGGUGUUAAGGCGGAAGAGGAGUUUGCCAAGAAUGGGACUGUGCCCGAUCCAAGUUCUACUGACAAUGUUGAGUUUCAGCUUGUGCUUGGGAUUAUCAAGGAGAGUUUGAAGGUUGAUCCUUUGCGGUAUACUAAGAUGAAGGAGAGGCUUGUUGGUGUUUCUGAGGAGACAACUACUGGUGUUAAGAGGCUUUAUCAGAUGCAGGCCAAUGGAACCUUGCUUUUUCCUGCUAUUAAUGUUAAUGACUCUGUUACCAAGAGCAAGUUUGACAACUUGUAUGGAUGCCGCCACUCACUCCCUGAUGGUCUCAUGAGGGCGACUGAUGUUAUGAUUGCUGGAAAGGUUGCCUUUAUUGCUGGUUAUGGAGAUGUCGGCAAGGGAUGUGCUGCUGCCAUGAAACAAGCAGGUGCCCGCGUGAUUGUUUCUGAGAUUGACCCAAUCUGUGCUCUCCAGGCUACCAUGGAAGGCCUCCAGGUUCUUCCUCUUGAGGACAUUGUUUCUGAUGUUGAUAUCUUUGUGACCACCACCGGUAACAAGGACAUCAUCAUGGUUGACCAUAUGAGGAAGAUGAAGAACAACGCCAUUGUCUGCAACAUUGGUCACUUUGACAAUGAAAUCGAUAUGCAUGGUCUUGAGACCUUCCCUGGUGUGAAGAGGAUCACGAUCAAGCCUCAGACUGACAGGUGGGUUUUCCCAGACACCAACAGUGGUAUCAUUGUCUUGGCCGAGGGUCGUCUCAUGAACUUGGGAUGUGCCACGGGACACCCCAGUUUUGUGAUGUCCUGCUCUUUCACCAACCAAGUCAUUGCCCAGCUCGAGUUGUGGAAUGAGAAGAGCAGUGGCAAAUACGAGAAGAAGGUGUAUGUCUUGCCAAAGCACCUCGACGAGAAGGUUGCUGCCCUUCACCUUGGAAAGCUCGGAGCUAAGCUCACCAAACUUACCAAGGAACAAGCUGAUUACAUUAGCGUACCAGUUGAGGGUCCUUACAAGCCAGCUCACUACAGGUACUGAGGGGAAUAGAAACUGACAGCAGCUGAUUACAUUAUCGCGGCAUUCUUGUUUUGUCCUUAAUACUUUUGAGUUUGUUUAGGUAGUAUUGUUUUUAUUAUUGUUGGGGAUAUUUUGGAGGUGGUUGGCAUGUUUUGCGGGAAAGAAAUGGAGUGUGUUUGAAUAAUAUUUUUAGUUAUGGUUGGGGUGGUGUGGUAUGGUAUUGUACUAAAAUCAAAUUUGUGUUUUGCUCUUAUAUUGUUCGCUUCAAGUAAAUCAAAGAAACAUGCUUUUUUCCCUUUUCA